CGAAUCUGAUGAAUUAAGGGACACGUAUAAUACGUGCGUACACAAAUUGCAGUUGAGUGUUGUUCUAGGACAGCAUGGAUUUCUUUGUUGUCCAAUCAUCUUCGUUUACGAGCACAAGUGCGAAGUCAGGUGGUCCUUGACACAGCAUAUGACACAAACGUAGUUUUAUGAAGUGACUACAAAUCGGUCGUUAACAUAUCAACGAGAAGUCUUGAUGUCAAUCAUUUUAUACGGUUGUUGUGUAACCACACUCGUAUGAAUGAAAAACGACCUCGGUGAAUGUUUUUUGUGACGUUUUUUCCGAGCUGAUGGCUGAAUGCGCGGCGAUUUACGUGCUCGAUAUUCUUCGGUCAACAUUGGUGGAGAAACCCACUGAGUACUUAAGUAACUUACUAACCCCAUUCCCACGACAACGCCGACCCACCCUCAAAGCGAAAUCUCUGUAAGAAUGUUCGGUCUCAUCUAGCGUGAUACUUACGUCUUUCUUAAAGAAUCUUUUUCGUUUUCGUUACAUUUUUCUUUGUUCUUUAACGAUCUUCGGUAUCGCCAGCGCUAGGUAGUAUCUUGUUUGUUAAAGAGUAAUACUCUCAUUCUCCGGUCGUGAGCAUAUUGUCACCGUCUCUUCUAGGGAGCGGUCCUCCAGGACUUGCACGAUGGGAAACGGGCCCUCCGGGCCUAGCGGUACGAUCUUCGAGACCGAGUACGGCCUUCCUGCGCCGGCCGAUGUAUGUGCGCGCGCUCUCGCCUCGCCGGACUUCUGGCGUCGAAUUCGCGAUUAUAUGGAUCUCCACGCUGGCGGGCGGGAACACGUGAGUGACCCAAAGUGGGACUGGGCUCGACGCGUCACUUGGGACGGAAACGAGAUCCCGGAAUGUGAGCUGUCACAGGAGGUGGAGCUGGACCGUGAGUGGUUCGUCCUAAUUGACCGUCGCGAGAAGGUCGGCUACUGCGGCGCCGUACUAAUUCGCGGAAAGACCACCCGCCACGUGAUGUUCCCAAACCAGUUCUGGGUCGAGCUGACGGUGCAUACGUCCACCUGUCACGACUCCGGGAUGUUCCUGCCGAUGAACUUCGCGAAAGGCCCGCACGCGCGCAUGUGGACCGUGAACCUGUGGCUAGAGCCUUACGAGCUGCAAGAUAGUUCGGGCGCUGCGGUCUCCACCGGAGUGGAGUCAUCGAGAAGAUUCCCUGCACCCGAGUCAUCGAGAAGAUUCACGGCUUCACCAAGAAUCACUAUAAGAUUUGCAACUGGGACCCAGUGAUGAGUCCUGCGGGGCUCCGCACGGAAUUUUCUUUGUCCCGACCCGGGGAGAUAGAGCGCUGGAAGGCGGCGAUCCGGGAAAUAGAGGAGUCUCGGACCCGGUACGCGCACGUUGACUAAAUUUCAUGAGGGACCUGUCAAGGAGAGACCGUAGUGGAAGACAGACCACAAUUAUUUUCACUGUCAAAACGUAUAUU